GAUGAAGCAGCAGUGGGGUGAGUAGAAGAAGACUACUCCUUCAACCCUGAAAACAAUUCAAAUAAAUUGCAAAAAUUUGACUUUUAGCGACGACUGGACAACAAAGUGCUUGAGUCGCUGUUUCCUGUCGGACCUUUUAAGCGACGGACACAGUGCUGUAGACAGAGACGCAACAACGGUAGAAAUCCACUCGUGUAACCUUGGUUAAAUCUUUGACCACCUACAUCUUGAGUCCAGACCCCGGUCAUGCAGUCCCUCGCCGAGGAGAUCCAGAGUUUCUCUCGCACGCGUCUGAAGAGGCAGUGCACCCGCGUGACAUCGCUGAGCGGCCGCCGCAUCAUCGAGACCUGGAAAGGCUCAAUGAUGACGGUGGUGGACGACCCGGCCGCACCUGAGAAGAUGCUGGGGUACGUCCCGGACGCCUCGUGGGACCUCCAGGUGGGCGUGGUCAAGCCCUACCUGCUGCUAGGUUCUCAGGAUGCUGCGCAUGACUUCAGCACCUUGAGGAGACACAAGGUGUCACACAUCCUCAACGUGGCGUUUGGCGUGGAGAACGUCUUCCCCGACCUGUUCGUCUACAAGACGGUCAGCAUCCUGGACCAGCCCGACACCGACCUGGUGCCGCACCUUCAGGAAUGUUGUGACUUCAUCCUGCAGGCUCGUGCGGAGAAAGGCGUGGUCUUGGUCCACUGCAACACCGGCAUCUCUCGGGCUCCGGCGGCAGUCAUCGGCUACCUGAUGUCAUGUGACGACCGGUCCUUCGACGACGCCCUCUCCGUUGUCGCGGCAGCCCGGCCUGCCACCUGCCCCAACCCCGGCUUCUUGAACCAGCUGAGGAAGUACCAGGCGGAGAAGACGGCUGCCAGCAAACACUGAAAACGCCCGAGAAGACGAAGGGAAGAAUUUGCUCUUUUUACGAUGUAAAUGUGUUUGGCACACUGCAGCACCCUCUAGUGGAAGGAGUCCCAAUGAGCAAAGAGAGAAAUCAAGGAGUAGCAAACUUUACAGCAAGAGGCCGCUGUUUCUCUCUGUGAAAGAGUCGUUUUGAAUUCAAUUAUGCAAAUUCUUCUGUUUUUUAGCUGGUGUGUCGCUAAAAAUUACGUAUUUUUGUUUUUUGUUAGCACACAGCAGCACCAUUUGGUGGAAUGAGUCCCAAUGAGCAAACAGAGAAAUCAAGGAGUAACAAACUUUACCACAAGAGGCCGCUCUCUGUGAAAGUGUCGUUUUGAAUUGAAUGAUGCAAAUUCUUCCUGCAGUUUUUAAAAAAUUGAAGUGUUUUUUAGCUGGUGUGUCGCUAAUAAUGAUGUAGUUUUGUGUUUUGUUAGCACACAGCAGCACCUUCUAGUGCAGGGGUGUCAAACGUACGGCCCGCGGGCCAGAACAGGACCGCGAACAGGUUUUAUCUGGCCUGCGGGAUGAGUUUGCUAAGUACAAAAAUGAGCAGAGCAUUUUUGAAUGAAAGACACUGAUGUUCUAAAUGUGUCCACUAGAUGUCGCAAUAGCAAUUAUUUGUAUCUUUGUAAAUUAUGCUACAUAUGUAAAAAAAAACACAUGUUAGUGCACGCGUCAAGGAAAAUGAGCAAACUACAUAAAUAACAUUCUGUAAUUUGGGUUUGAUAUUUUUUUAUCUUCAUAGAUUGAAAAUUAACACCAAUGAGUAGUGUGUGAAUGUUGUCUGUCUGUGUUGGCCCUGUGAUGAGGUGGCAACUUGUCCAGGGUGUACCCCGCCUUCCGCCCAAAUGCAGCUGAGAUAGGCUCCAGCACCCCCUGCGACCCCAAAAGGGACAAGCGGUAGAAAAUGGAUGGAUGGAGUUGACUGAUGAACGUCAUCACAUAAUUUAUUCAGAAAGUAUAAAUAACAACAAAUAAAGGUAGAAUACUAUUAACCGUAACAUGCACCAUAUUUUUCGGACUAUAAGUCGCUCCGGAGUAUAUGUCGCACCGGCCGAAAAUGCAUAAUAAAGAAGAAAAAAAACAUAUAUAAGUCGCACUGGAGUAUAAGUCGCAUUUUUUAGGGAAAUUUAUUUGAUAAAAUCCAACACCAAGAAUAGACAUUUGAAAGGCAAUUUUAAAUAAAUAAAGAAUAGCGAACAACAGGCUGAAUAAGUGUACGUUAUAUGACGCAUAAAUAACCAACUGAGAACGUGCCUGGUAUGUUAACGGAACAUAUUAUGGUAAGAGUCAUUCAAAUAACUAUAACAUUUAGAACAUGCUAUACGUUUACCAAACAAUCUGUCACUCCUAAUCGCUAAAUCCCAUGAAAUCUUAUACGUCUAGUCUCUUACGUGAAUGAGCUAAAUAAUAUUAUUUGAUAUUUUACGGUAAUGUGUUAAUAAUUUCACACAUAAGUCGCUCCCGAGUAUAAGUCGCACCCCCGGCCAAACUAUGAAAAAAACUGCGACUUAUAGUCCGAAAAAAAACCCCAUUAUGAUUUGUACAUUUUCAGAAUGGGCUUGUUCUUUUUUUAAACAAAGAAAACAAUCUGAAGUUGUCUUUAUUUUUAAGUUAUCGUGCCGUGAUUUUACCAGGCCACUUGGGAUUAGAUCUUUCUCCAUGUUGCCCCCGAUCUAAAAUGAGUUUGACACCCCUGUUCUAGUGGAAGGAGUCCCAAUGAGGAAAGGAAGAAAUCAAGGAGUAGCAAACUUUACCCCAAGAGGCCGCUGUUUCUCUCUGUGAAAGAGUCGUUUUGAAUUGAAUUAUGCAAAUUCUUCCUGCAGUUUUUAAAAAUGUAAGUGUUUUUUAGCUGGUGUGUCGCUAAUGAUGACGUGUUUUUGUGUUUUGUUGCUGUCAGUUUGUGCAUCUUUUGUGUGUUUUCCUUGGCAAAGCGAUGAAUGAAAUAAAUACAACAGCUAUGCUUGUCUACAUGUCAAACCUCCAAAAAAAAUGGCGUUCUAGAGAUUUUUGUUCACAUCCAUGAUGACCCGAAAUAUAUGAGAGGAGAAGUUAUGACAAACUGCAGAAAGACAACAUUACUGUCCAAAUACUUCUGCUCCUAACUCUCCAUCCCAUAAUAUGCCCCAGACCACAGGUCCUUCUCCUCCCCCUCGACAGGCUGCGAUGCGCUCAGACCGCCAAGGGCGUCACGAGUGCAGGAUGUCCGUCCCUGCGCGGAGGUGACUUGAACCUCCGCUUGACCAUGGGGUCCUUCUGCUCCAGCCUGGACACCAAGGUUCUUGUCGUGAUGACCGCCACACCACGCCGCGGGUCGUCACCCCGACCAGCGAGAACAGGUGACCUUCAGCCAGUAGCAGCUGACGGCCCGACGCUGCGUUCAGUCCAGAGCAAACGCAGCACGGGGAGGCGUGUCCACGGAUCGACCAAUCAGAUCAAGACGAGGCAGAAAUAUAAACACACAUCACAGAGACUCAAAGUGGUUCUGGACCAGAUGGACCAUGGCGUGGUGGACCUGCAGGAGCUGCGUCGCAACCUGCAGCUGGCGGCCUCCAUGUUGGACGCCGUCUACACGGACGA